AUGGCGAUCGUUGCUUCACUCCGACGCCGGAGACAGCGAGAUAUCUCAUCGCGUAUCGUCCACUACUCCCGAGUCACUUCUCUCAGUAUCAGUCGCAAGGUCUACCUCAUCUUCCAAAGACGGCGCGUGCAAGAGCUCCCUAGCCUUCACCGCCGUUCUGCUUACGAGACCAUUGUCGCAGCAGCCAUCCCCAACGUCCUACAAGGGGGGAGCUGUAGCUUCUUCGCCUACGGUCACUCUGGAAGUGGGAAAACACACACGAUUGUCGGAUACGACUACGAGGAUGGCAAGCAGCUUGGCCUAUGUCUUGCGGCUGCGAAGCGAUUAUUCGACGCCCUUGAGCCCCUAAACGCUCAACUACCAAUUGGAAAGCAGCUGGGCUUGGAGUUCACUGUUGAUCUUCUGAAUGGGCGCGCUGAGUGUCACAUUCGAGAGGGUUACGACGGAAAGACACACAUUCGCGGCGAGACGGAGAAGCUCGACGGGGGCAAGGUCCGAGUUCGGCCUAUUGUGAAGCGCCCCUGCUGGGAUUUCGAUAAAUUACGUCGGGAGCUGAUCCAAGCAAUGGGAAAGCGUGUGGUCAGUUCGUCCAGUGUCCAUGAUCUCAGUUCUCGCACCUACGCCGUAUUGGAGCUGGAGAUUGUCAACCAGGAGCUGGAGGAAGCGAGAGAGGUCGUUGUCUAG